UUUAGUCACCGCUGACCGUGGUUUACAAUCUCGGAAACGCGAGAGAGUGGGCGGAUCAUCCGGCAAUGAAUGCGGCUCUUCUUCACAACAAGAGAAGAAUCAGGAAGAAUCCAGCGAGCCUUCACGCGACAGCGACUUUUAGGGAGAACAACUUAAAGCUGUCAGAUAUUUACAAAUCCUUCUCAACAUCGUCUCUGAAAGGAGCUCUAAUAAUCUGUUCCUGAUAUUAAUCUCUGAUCAACUCUUUCUGUUUCGGUUUCAUCUCUUCUUCUGAAGGUCUUCUGAUCAUGGCGGCGUCUGCUGGAAACAGCAGCGUUCUGGAGGAGGAGCUGACGUGUCCCGUGUGUCUGGAUCUUUACCGUGAUCCACACCUGCUGCCCUGCGGUCAUAACUUCUGCCUGCCCUGUCUGCGCAGACUCAAGAGCCGCUCGGACCGCGGCCGUCUGCGAUGUCCCGAGUGUCGACAGAGUCACCGCAGCUCCUCCAACUGGCAGAAGAACUUCAAGCUGGCCAACAUCGCUGACGGUUUCCGGCGUGGUGACCGAUCAGAGCGCUGCACCCCGAGCCGGAGCGACGCGUCUCUCAGAGCCCCCCAGGUUCACUGUGAUUACUGUCCCGAGGACGCCAAGGGUCCAGCGGCGGUUAAAACCUGCCUGAAGUGUGAAGUGUCCAUGUGCUCUCAGCACGUCCAGCCUCAUCUGGAGCUGCCGGCGUUCAGAGAGCAUCCGCUGGUGGAGCCGCUCGGAGACAUGAGGACGAGGAAGUGUUCGGAGCACGACGAGAUGUUUCGCUACUAUUGUCUGGAUGAGCGUCUGUUCCUCUGCAACGCCUGCACCAUCGAGGGAACGCACUCGGGACACGCCAUCAAAACACUGAAGAACGCCAUGAAGGAUUUCAAGGCCUGUCUUGACAUUCAGCUGCACAAGACCAACAGAAAGAUCCUCAAGGCAGAAAAAAAUCGACUGGAACAAAAAGAGAUUGAACGACAAAACAAGGCCUCCCGGGACGACACCAACCAACACCUGGAUGCUUUCAGAGAGACGUCUAUUGCACGCCUGGAUGCUUUUCUGUCCUCGCUGCGUGACUGUAUCAGCUCUCGUGACGCUGAGCAGUGUUCGGGAAUCCAGCAGAACCUGAGUCGAAUAGCACAGGAUCAAAGCCGUCUGCAGGACGUUCACUCGGGCUUCGAGAGGCUUCUACAGGAGAGCGACGCUUUCCACUUCAUCAAGGAAUACAAUUCAUCUAUAAAAAGGCACCGGCGGCUGCUGAGAAAGCCUCUGUUUGUUCCUGAUGAGGCCACAGGGGACACAGAGCCGCUGUUUGAAACACUGGAAGGAAAGACGUGUGAGUUCAUGGCUGAAUUGCGGCAGCACGCCAACACACUCCUCAGCAGCAUCUGUGAAUUAGAGGGAGAUGCUGAGGAGGAGGAUGAAGAUGAUGAUGAAGAGAGUUGUGAUGAUGAAGAUGAGGAGGAGGAGGAGAGUGAGGAGGAGAUGAGGAGUGAGGAAGAAGAGGAGCAGCAGGACCUCACUGACUCUGGAGAUGAAGAGUAUUCACCGGAGGAGGAAGAGGAUGAGGAAGACUAGCAGAAGAUGAUCUGCUCUUGAGUUUGUUGAUCUGAGGGAGAACGUGAUCUCAGACUCUGUGAUGCACUGAAGAGUGUGUGAGAGUCUGCUCUCAGUCUUGUGUGAAACAGAAAGAGAAUAAUAGUAAAUUAAUUAAUGAGAAAUCCAGUCAGGUAUGUUUAAAAGCUCAGGGCACAUGAGUCAAUUUGAGAUGGGCUCCUUCUGCACUUUUUUUUUUUCAAGUUUCAGUAUAUUUAGCUUUUUCUUUCAUCAAGAUGGUGGAGCGUGGAAAUAAUAAUUAAAAUGUAAGAAAUUGUGUUUGAAAAUGUAUAAUAAAAUAUAGUUUCAGAACUUAAAAA